CUUAACCACUAAAACAACUUUUCUAUUUCAACCUUUGAGGUGCAUUUCUUUAUUUGUUGAUUCUGAGUAUGGGGAUCAAAUUGAUAGGCAUAGCUCAUGCCAAGGAGAAGCUCCAGAGAACACUUUCAGCAAGAUAUGGAUCAGCUGCAGACACUAAUGCUGAGGUUCCGAAAGGCCAUUUUGCUGUUUAUGUUGGAGAAGGAAAGAAGAAGAGAUUUGUGAUUCCAAUAUCAUAUUUGAACCAUCCUUUGUUCCAAGACUUGUUAACCAAGGCUGAGGAAGAGUUUGGAUAUGAUCAUCCUACAGGGGGUCUCACAAUUCCAUGCAGUGAAGACUACUUCCUUAGUGUAACUUCAGUUCUAAAUUGUUCAUAG